CUAGACUGAGGAUGAAGAGGAAGGAAGGGGGGAGACAGGUGAAAUGGACACGGACACAAAGUGAGACGGGGACAGAGACAGAGGGUGAAAUGAGUGAAAAGAGAAAUGAAUAAUCCACAAACAGGAGGAAGACAAAGUGACAUCACAUUCCCCGGUGCCCCUUUCCCGCUCUCUCCCUCUCUCUCUCCGCUCUCUCUCUGGCACCUUUGCUCCACUUCUCGUCGAGGAGGCAGGAUCUCUCUCUCUCUCACACACACACUCCUCCUCCUCUUCCUCUUCCUACUCCUCCUGCUCCGCGGCUCAUAUUAAACCCGUUGGACUGCACACGGGAGGAAAAGGAAAAAGACAAACACAUCUUUUUUUUUUACCCAGUGUUUUGACAGGAUGAACAACAGUUACCUAAACAUGGCGUCGAUAGGCGAGUUCGACCCGCUCAACGCGUCUAUUCCUGCCACCAAAGUUGAAAUCACGGUGUCCUGCAGAAACCUCCUGGACAGGGACACCUUCUCCAAGUCCGACCCAAUUUGCGUCCUCUACACGCAGGGCAUGGGCAACAAGGAGUGGAGAGAGUUUGGCAGAACAGAAGUGAUUGACAACACACUAAAUCCAGAUUUCGUUCGAAAAUUUAUCUUGGACUACUUCUUUGAGGAACGGCAGAACCUACGCUUCGACCUGUACGAUGUGGACUCCAAGAGUGCCAACCUGUCAAAACACGAUUUCUUGGGCCAGGCUCAGUGCACCCUGGGAGAAGUGGUUGGUUCUUUAGGCGGUCGUUUGGAAAAAGCACUGGGGGGAAUCCCUGGGAAGAAAUGUGGAACUAUUAUUGUGAAGGCAGAAGAACUGAACAACUGCAGGGAAUCGGUGAUGAUGCAGUUCUGUGGAAACAAACUGGACAAAAAAGAUUUCUUUGGGAAGUCCGAUCCAUUCCUGGUCUUUUACAGGAGCAACGAGGACGGCACGUUUACAAUCUGCCACAAGACAGAGGUGGUGAAGAACACACUAAACCCGGUGUGGCAGGCCUUUAAGAUCCCUGUCCGAGCUCUCUGCAACGGCGACUACGACAGGACAAUCAAAGUUGAGGUUUACGAUUGGGACAGAGAUGGCAGUCACGACUUCAUUGGCGAGUUCAGCACCAGCUACAGGGAAUUAUCCAGAGGGCAGAGUCAGUUCAAUGUCUAUGAGGUGGUAAAUCCAAAGAAGAAAGGGAAGAAGAAAAAAUACCUGAACUCUGGAACGGUGACUCUACUGUCUUUCCUGGUGGACAUUGAAGUCACAUUUCUGGACUACAUCAAAGGAGGGACACAGAUCAACUUCACAGUGGCCAUUGAUUUCACUGCAUCAAAUGGUAACCCAGCCCAGCCCACCUCACUCCACUAUAUGAGUCCCUACCAGCUAAACGCCUAUGCCAUGGCUCUGAAGGCCGUGGGGGAGAUCAUUCAGGACUACGACAGCGACAAGAUGUUCCCCGCACUGGGAUUCGGGGCAAAGUUACCACCAGAUGGCCGCGUCUCGCACGAGUUUGCUUUGAACGGGAAUCCUCAGAACCCGUACUGCGCAGGUAUCGAUGGCGUGAUGGAAGCGUACUAUCAGAGUCUGAAGUCAGUGCAGCUUUACGGCCCCACGAACUUCUCCCCUGUCGUCAACCAUGUGGCCAGGUACGCAGCCUCGGUGAAGGACGGAUCCCAGUACUUUGUGCUCCUCAUCAUCACAGAUGGCGUCAUCUCAGACAUGGCCCAGACCAAAGAGUCCAUUGUCAACGCUUCCUGUCUGCCAAUGUCAAUCAUCAUUGUUGGCGUCGGACCUGCAGAAUUUGACGCCAUGGUUGAGUUGGACGGUGAUGAAGUCAGAAUUUCAUCCAGAGGAAGAUACGCUGAGAGAGACAUCGUUCAGUUUGUUCCAUUCAGAGAUUACAUCGACCGCACCGGGAACCACAUCCUCAGCAUGGCCCGGCUCGCCAAAGACGUCCUGGCCGAGAUCCCUGACCAGUUCCUGUCCUACAUGAGAACCCGUGGGAUCAAACCGUCACCCGCACCGCCACCGUACUCACCACCGGGACAAUCGCUUCAGACCCAGAUAUGAGGUCGUGGACGUGCAGGAGGUUUUUGUCCCAGUCGGUGAUCAACUGAACUGACUUAACGCUCGAAUACUUCCAUUUCCGUAAUGCCGCUCUCUAAGCCUUGUCAUCGUGAGUCACGGCGGUCUUUCUUGUGUCCGGGAAGUUGCAUGUCGGGCCAAGAGUGCGAUGCCUGUGAGCCCAGGGAACGCCAACGAGAGGCUGUUUACGUUCACCACUGUCAAGCAUUCCUGAUAACUGUUAAUUCGUCCUGGAAAACGUCUUGAUCCUAACUGGGAUUUUUUUAUGCGGGUCGGCAUUCGAGCAGGAAAUAAUCUGACCUUUUGACCCUCCUGGUGAAGGAAGGAGGGGAGGAAGGAAAGGAUAGAGAAGAGAAGAGGAAGGAAGUGAAGUUUCACAGAAACAAGAAAUGAAUCAGUUUGUCUG